AUGAAGUCGCUCAUUCUCCGUGCGCUCGCAGCCGUGGCCGCCGUGGCCUCCUUGGCCAAGGCCGAUGGCGGUGACUUUAGCGUCCUCACCAUGAACGUCGCGGGCCUUCCGGCGAUCCUCAAUAGCAAUGAGGUACCCGGAGACAAGGCGACCAACGCCGGCAACAUUGGAAAGCUGUUCGCCAAGUACGGAUACGAUGUUAUCCAUGUUCAAGAGGACUUUGCGUAUCAUGCGUACAUCUAUGCCACGGACAACCAUCCAUUCCGUACCCCGACCUCGGGUACCGUCAUUGUGGGCGAUGGCAUGAACACUCUGUCCAACUUUGACUGGGUUAACUUCACUCGCGUGCGUUGGAACAAGUGUUCCAAUGCGUCUGGCGCCGACUGCCUGACCCCCAAGGGGUUCACCUUCAUGCGAGUCAAGGUGGCGGAGAGCGUGUAUGUCGAUUUCUACAACCUCCACACGGACGCCGGAACCGAGAAUGACGACGAAGCUGCUCGCACUGCCAACGUCCAGCAAGUCGCUGACUACAUCGACAAAUGGUCUGCCGGCAACGCCGUCGUGGUCAUGGGCGACACCAACUCCCGCUACUCGCGCACCGCCGACAACAUCAGGCUGUUCGGGACCCAGAACGGGCUCACGGACGCCUGGGUCCAGGUCGAGCGCAACGGCGUCAUCCCGACGGUGGAGUCGCUGUGCAGCAACCCGUCCACGACCGACUCCUGCGAGACCGUCGACAAGGUGCUCUACCGCGGCAGCAGCAUCUUCAAGCUCGAGGCGACGUUCUUCAACUACGAGUCCAAGAAGUUCCUCCAGCCCGACGGCAACAUUCUCAGCGACCACAACCCCGUCGGCGUCAACUUCACCUACUCGCUCAAUGGGAACCUGCGGCAGUCGGGCUACUUCGGCGGCCCGCACGGCACCUGGUUCUCGGACCUGAGCGCGCUGGCGACGAAGUCCAAGCCCGCGGCCAAGGUCCUGACCUUCCGUGGCGCCAGGCGCCUGGACUCGGUCGGGCUGACGCUGACCGACGGCACCGUCUUCACGCACGGCGGCACGGGCGGCGACCCGGCGACGCUGACCCUUGGCUCGGGCGAGUUCUGGACGUCCGCCGUGCUGUGCCAGGCAAAGUACAAGGACCGCACGCGGAACUUCUACAUCAAGGCCACGACCAGCAAGGGCAACACGCUGGAGUCGGGCAGCUCGACCGGCGACUGCGCUACCUUCACGGCGCCGAGCGGCUGGCAGAUUGUGGGGUAUAUGGGCCAGGACGGCGAUGAGAUGGAUCAGCUUGCUUUCAUCUACGCGCCGCAGUAA